AUGGACUGGAAUGAUAUAUGUAGAUUCGUUGACUCUUCUAAGAAUCCUGCCGUCUUCCAUCGUAAUUCAUUGAUAAAGCAUGCUAAUGCAAAAGGGAAAACCAAUAAUCAAAUUCAACUAUUCGUGAUUUUGAUUUCUUGUUCUACUAUAAAUCAAGAGAAAUAUUUUUACGUCAUUGCUGAAGGAAAAUGCAGAGGGUUGAUUAAGAAAUACUCUGGCUAUUUUUUAGAGCACAAUGAUGAGAUUGAAUCAACUGCUGAUGUCAACAUGAUGGGAUAUGCUAACAUGAAACAGAUUGCAUCUGGGGUUCACUUCAGACUGCGAGCCCGUACAUUCAUUGUGGCAGAGCCAAAUGGAAACCGAGUUGUAUUCGUAAAUCUUGAUGCUUGUAUGGCCUCACAACUUGUGACAAUAAAGGUCCUCGAGAGGUUGAAGGCAAGGUAUGGAAAUCUGUAUACAGAAAAAAAUGUUGCUAUCAGCGGAAUUCACACACAUGCUGGCCCUGGAGGUUAUCUUCAAUAUAUUGUAUAUAUAAUAACAUCUCUUGGUUUCGUGCGCCAAUCAUUUGAUGUCCUUGUUGAUGGCAUUGAGGAGAGUAUUGUACAAGCUCAUAAAAGCCUUCAACCUGGAUCAAUAUAUGUGAAUAAAGGGGAGCUUUUAGAUGCUGGGGUCAACCGCAGUCCGAGUGCUCAUCUCAAUAAUCCUGCAGAAGAACGCAGUAAAUACAAGUAUGACGUUGAUAAAGAUAUGACCCUUUUGAAAUUUGUAGAUGAUGAAUGGGGUCCAGUAGGUAGCUUCAAUUGGUUUGCAACCCAUGGGACUUCUAUGAGCCGUACAAACUCAUUGAUAAGUGGGGACAACAAAGGAGCUGCUGCUCGUUUUAUGGAAGACUGGUUUGAUCAGGAUAGUGGUGAAGUGAUAGUUUCUGAUGAAUCUAAGGCUAGUGGAAUCCCUCGGAGAGUCUCAAACAUUAUUCCAGUUCGCAAUAAUCAUCACGAGCUGCUUGAACUUGCUGCUUCUUUCCAGUCUUCUUCAGGCAAAUCAGCAACCAGAUUUAUGAGCCUUGCAAGACGUGUAAGAAGUUCUCUAAGGCGAGCUGAUAGGCCUAGAUUCGUUUCUGCAUUUUGUCAAAGCAAUUGUGGGGAUGUUAGCCCAAAUGUGCGAGGGACCUUCUGCAUAGACACAGGGUUGCCUUGUGACUUCAAUCAUAGUACCUGUGAAGGGAAGAAUGAAUUAUGCUAUGGCCGAGGUCCUGGGUACCCAGAUGAAUUUGAAAGUACUCGUGUCAUUGGAGAUAGACAAUUCAAAAAGGCGGUGGAACUUUUCAAUAACGCAUCAGAGCAAUUAGAGGGAAAGGUUGAUUAUCGCCAUACUUAUGUGGACUUCUCUAACCUUGAUGUAACAAUUCCUAAUCAGGGAGGAGGUACUAAGAUUGUAAAAACAUGUCCUGCAGCAAUGGGGUUUGCAUUUGCUGCUGGUACAACUGACGGUCCUGGGGCUUUUGAUUUUAAGCAAGGAGAUGACAAGGGAAAUGCAUUUUGGAGACUGGUGCGUAACCUACUUAAAAGACCAAAACAAGGGCAAGUUGAUUGUCAACAUCCAAAGCCCAUUCUGCUUGAUACUGGUGAAAUGAAAAAGCCUUAUGACUGGGCGCCCUCAAUACUUCCAGUUCAGAUUCUCAGGAUAGGACAGCUGGUCAUUCUCAGUGUACCUGGAGAAUUCACUACGAUGGCUGGAAGACGGCUACGAGAUGCUGUGAGAACAGUGCUCACAAGUGGAGGUAGAAAAGAAUUUGAUGAAAAUGUUCAUGUUGUGAUAGCUGGGUUGACAAAUACAUACUCACAAUAUAUAACAACCUUUGAGGAGUACCAGAUACAGAGAUAUGAGGGUGCUUCAACACUCUAUGGCCCGCAUACUCUUUCUGCGUACAUUCAGGAGUUCAAGAAGCUUGCAGCAGCCCUUAUCAGUGGACUGUCCGUGCAAUCUGCUGAUAGAAAGGCCAUAUAUGAUUUAUAUUUCAGUUCAAUUGCGGCAAGAUCAAUUCUGCAAGUGGUAGAAUAG